AUGUCCUCCCGCGUCACCAGAGCAUCUAAUGCAGACAAGCAUCCCGGAGACCUCCACAGAGCCUUGAACCGCCGAACCGCCGAAGAAGUUGAGCUGCAGAAGAAGCAGAAGAAGGCGGAGCAAGAGAAGAAGAACGCCGAGAUGAACCGUUCGCAUGAACGUGUCGCCAGCCUCGAGAAUGAGCUGGCCAAGAAGCGCGCAAAGAAGGUUGCUCACGCACCGACAGCACCCCCAUUUCCAACGACCGGACAGAAGGGAAAACCUCGCGCUGCCGCCGCCGCCGCCGUCGCCAACAAUGACAACGACAACGAUGCAACACCCAAAGUGCCUUCUAGGCCGAAGUUGAAGACGACGAAGUCCUCCGCUGCCAACAGCAGCAAGGGCAAGGGUAAUACAGAGGGCCCGGCCAAGGCUGCGAAGCCGAAGCCAACACAGACGAAGGCGGUGUCACCUGCUGAUGGGCAGGCUGACGAGUCCGAUGGUGCUGGAGAAUCAGUUGACAACAACAACGAGCCAGCGCCGAAGCCUGUAGCCAGAAAGCGAGGUGGCAAGGGGAUAGCAACGAAGAAGACUAACACUGGAGGCGAUGACGGCACCGAGGCCAACAACAUGGUGGAGGCCAAAGAGGUGGUGAAGGCGGUGAAGAAGAGUCUGGCGGAAAGCGCAACCUACCGCGCUCAAGUCGACAAGAAGAGAAAGGAAGUGCAGCCUGUGAGCGGUGCGGAGAUAUCAGCCGCAGCCGCAAAAGGCAAGUCGACGUGA